GUCGACUCGCCGACGAGCGAGCACCCGCCCUCGGCGGCCGCAGGCGCUCACCCGCCCUCGUUCGCCGCCGUCCACAAGCUCGUCGACGCGAUCGCGGCACGGCCUCCUCCUCCCGGCGGCGACGGGCUCAGCAACGUCAUGGCCAAGGCGGCGUCCGACGCAGCGCCGACCAGUACGCUCGCGGCGUCGUUCUGGCACCAGGCCAAGGCGGGCAAGCUCGCGACCGACGCGGCGACCGUCAUCCAGGCGCUCGAGACGGGCGUCAAGGGCGCCGUCGACGACCGCGAGAUGCUCCUUGAAAAGGUCGUCACGCUCCUGCAAGGGCUCCCGAACGACUCGCCCGUCCAGAAGCCCGUCACCGACCACCUCAUCCAGAUGCUGUGGGACGAGCUCCACGCCGAGGGUCCUCGCGCGUUCGCCGGGCCCCAGUACCGCUCGGCCGACGGCAGCGGCAACUCGUUGACGCAGCCGAGCCUCGGGGCGGCCGGCACGCCGUACGCCCGCACGGUGCCGCCCUGUCACCCCAAGAUGCCCAACUCGCCCGACGCCGGCGUCGUCUUUGACGCGCUCCUCCGCCGCCACGAGUUCCGCCCUCACCCUUCCGGCAUCUCGUCGCUCCUGUUCGCCUUCGCGACCCUCAUCACGCACGACGCCUUCUCGACCAACCCAAAGGACCCGUCGAUUAACGACACGUCGUCGUACCUCGACCUGUCGCCCAUCUACGGCGUCAACCAGGCGGAGCAGGACACGGUCCGCGCCUACUCGCUCGGCCGCCUCCACCCGGACGCCGUCGCCUCGAGCAGGAUCUUCUUCCAGCCGCCGAGCGUCGUCGCGCUCGCCGUCAUCUUUUCUCGGAACCACAACUUUAUCGCCGACAAGCUGUUCGCGAUCAACGAGUCGGGGCGCUACAAGCCCGAGGUCGACCUCGACAAGGCGCAGCAGGUCGAGCAGGACAACGACAUCUUCCAGCGUGCGCGCCUCGUCAACUGCGGCUGGUUCUUGGGGAUCAUUGUCAACGACUACAUCCGCACGAUCCUGAACGUCAACACGACCGAGUCGACCUGGUCCUUGAUGCCGACGGUCGACAUCUCGACCUCGCCCGUCGGGCACGCUCCUCGAGGGACCGGCAACUGCUCGUCCGCCGAGUUCAGCAUCCUGUACCGCUGGCACGCCGCGAUCAGCGAGAAGGACGAGCGGUGGGUCGAGGAGCUCAUGGAGUCGGCGACGGGCGGCAAGUCGGUCGACGAGAUGACGCGCGGCGACUUCAUGACGGCCGUCAAGGCGCUCAAGGACAAGGCCGGCCCCGACCCGCUCAAGUGGGAGACGUCGGGCCUCGAGCGCAGCGAGUCGGGCUUCUUCGACGACGACGACCUUGCGCGUGUGCUCGCCGAGGCGGUCGACGAGCCGGCGGGCGCGUUCGGCGCUCGGCACGUUCCGGCCGUCAUGCGCAUCAUCGACACGAUGGGCAUCAACGCGAGCAGGCGCGACUGGGCCGUGUGUACGAUGAACGAGUUCCGCCAGUUCCUGCACCUCAAGCCGUUCGAGACGUUCGAGGAGUGGAACUCGGACCCAGACGUCGCGGCGACGGCUCGUCACCUGUACGGCCACCCGGACAACCUCGAGCUCUUCCCGGGCCUUCACGCCGAGGAGGCCAAGCCGUCGCAAGCUGGCUCAGGCCUCGCUGUCGGGUACACGAUCUCGCGCGCCAUCCUCAGCGACGCCACCGCGCUCGUUCGCGGCGACCGCUUCUUCACCACCGACUUCAACACGGCGACGCUCACGUCCUGGGGCUACCAAGACGUCCAGGGUGACCCGCAAGGCGGCUCGUACGGCGGCUUGAUCGGCCGACUCCUCAUCCGCAACCUGCCGCACAACUAUACGGCGCGCUCGACCUACGCCCUCUUCCCGUUCUCGACGCCGGCGACGAUCCAGCGCAUCCUGACCAAGAACGGCGUGGCCGACAAGUACGACCUGCGCUCGCCGACGACGAUACCGCCCGUUCACGGCGUCUUCUCGUACAAGGCGUGCCUCGACAUCCUCGCGGCGCCGGCCGACUUUGGCGUCGUCUACUCGCCGGCGAUCAAGGCGUGCUCAAACUCGUACGGGUACAUGCUCACCGAGGACGACGUCGACGCGCACCGCCGCGACCGCGCCCUGCAGGCGCACGCCCUGUUCGCGCCCGGGUGGCAGGACCGCCUCGCGACGUUCUACCGCAUCAAGACGGCGAGCCUCCUCGAGAGCGCGUCGUGGACGUACGACGGCGGCAGGACCCGCACGGUCGACGUCGUGCGCGACGUGACCAACCUCGCGUCGGUCUUCUGGUGCAGCCACCAGUUCGGCAUGCCCCUCAAGACGAGCGAGAACCCGCACGGCGUCUUCACGCCCGCCGAACUCUACUUGAUCCUCUCGGCCUUCUUCAUCUCCGUCUUCAUGAAUUUCGCCGCCGACGCAGGCUUCAAGCUCGGCGAGGCGGCCAAGGAGGCGGCCCCAGCGCUCCUCUCGCUCAUCCGCAUGCGCCUCAAGCAGGUCAAGGGCAUCCCUACGGUCGUCGACGACUUUGCCCGCUGCAUCCAGGACCGCCUCCUCGGCAAGGACGUCCAGGCCAUCGUCAUCGGCAAAGACGCCCACGCGUACUACGAGCGCCUCCUCUCGAACAAGGACGUCGCGCUCGAAAAGCUCGAGUCGAGCGUGCAGUCGACCAUGACGGCGUCGGUCUCGAACCAGGGCCAAGCCUCUGCGCACGUCAUCAACUUCUUCCUCGACGACAAGAACGCGACGCACAAGGCCGAGCUCGUCCGCCUCUGCCUGCUCGACACGCCCGAGGCCGACAAGGAGAUUCUUGCCUACGUCACCGAGGCGCUCCGUCUCGACCCGCAAGUGCCGCUCAUCCCUCGCGUCGCCAAGCGGGACGUGACGAUCCAGGACGGCGCGCGCGAGGUCAAGGUCCGCAAGGGCGACUCGGUGUAUCCGUCGAUGCUCAGCGCCGGUAUGGACGCGUCGGUCUUUCCCGACCCGCACACGUUCGACCCGACGCGCGACCCUGGCCUGUACCGCCUGUUUGGCAGCGGCAUGCACACCUGUCUCGGCGCGCCCAUCGUCAACAUCUCGCUCGUCGAGAUGAUCAAGCAGGUCUUCCGUCUCAAGAACGUUCGUCGUGCGCCUGGCAAGGCCGGGCAGCUCAUCCGCUUCCGCCAGGAGCUCGGUGGCACACCGUGCCCGGUCUACUUGUCGGAGAACCAGGGCCUGUGGCCUCUUCCCGUCUCUCUCUCGAUCGUCUACGACGGCGAGGAGUAGCUCUGUAUCCUUUCUAGUCACUUUGCAGUGUAACUCAGUCGUCAGUG